AUGGAAACCGAAAAAGAGAGGAGCUACGAACUUCAUAGAACCGAAUAUUUUGUAUCGCUUCCUCUUGAGCUUACCGUAAAUAUACUUUUGCGACUUCCGGCAAAAUCCAUAGGGAGGUUCCGGUGCGUGUCGAAGCUCUGGUCGACUAUGACCACCACUCCCAGCUUCAUCAAGUCUUUCUCUGUCCACUCCUCGGCUCGACCUUCUCUUCUUUUCUUCAAGAAUGAAGAGGAAAAUUGUGUCUUCUACUCCUUGCCGCAUCAUCCCCCUGCUGAAAAAUACCUCCCUAAAGAGGAAACUGGUCUACCGCUAAGGAUUCAAACUAAUAAGAAUAAUAUUCCUCAUCAAUCUAUCCACGGUUUGAUUCCCUUUGGAAAUUCUGAAAGGGUCAUAAUUUGGAAUCCAACCUUGAAACAACACGUAACCUUACCCGAGCCUAAAGUCUCGAAACCCUUGAUAAGCCUUUUGGGAUACGAUCCUGUCGGUGAUGAAUACAAAGUGUUGUGCAUGUCACUAUGGGAUAAAGGUGAAAACCCUCAGAUUUUUACACUGGGACCUCGAGAAUCAUGGAGAACGUUGAUCCAAGACAGCCCUAGCCAUGUUAAGUCCUACAAGGCAGUUUGGAGAUGCAUCAACGGAGUUGUGUACUAUUUAGCGGUUGAUAACACUAUCGUGAGCUUUGACGUGAGGUCCGAGAAGUUUGGAGUAAUCCAAAUACCAGAGCUGCCUUGGCGUAUAGAAAGACUUCCGUGUGGUUUUGUAAGACACAGGGGAAGAUUAGCUUUGUUUUCUAAUUUCAGCAGUUUUUCGGGACAAAUCUCAUUAUGGGUUUUGGAGGAUGCUGGGAAACAUAAAUGGUCGCGAAAAGACUCAUAUCUGCCAUUUAAAACGAUUACUGGUUCAACAUGGAAGGGAAGAUUUACGCUCUCUUUCUUACAUGUAACUGGUGAGACCGUUGAUGAUGAGUUGAUUUACUUACCAAUGUUUGCGGACGGGCCAUUUUAUGCCAUAUACUAUGAUUUGGAGAGAAAUAGAGUAAGAAAAGUUCGUUACGAGGGGAUUGGAGAAAUCGAGUUGAGAUCUCAUUGUUUUCCCAAUCACAUUGAGAGUCUUAUGUCUUUGAACGAUCUUCUUACCGCGGCCUAG